CAAUUUUUAUUACGAUGAAAUUAAUUUGUUCAUUUUGAAAAGUUAAAAUAUGUAUCUUGCGAUAGUUAUCUUAAAAGAUAUUUAAUGGUGUUGUUGUGAUUUACGAUCUGUUACUAAAAAUACUCAAUGAUAAUUGAAACUGUGUUGCCAUCUGUCUGGCGCUAAAGAUAUUUUUUUAAUUUUUGUCACCAUGGGUAUUGCGUACACAAUUCACUUUUUUUAUUUCAAAUUUGCCUUAGUUUGAGAUAUAUAUAAAGCAUGCAACAAUUAAUAUGCAUAUAGUCAUUUAUGAUAAUAUAAAAUGGGUUUUUUAAACAUCGGGAUGUUUUACGACUGCUCUUUAUUAUUAAACAAUAUUUAUCUCAAAGCUACUAUAAAAGACGAGCCCAUAGUGUCUGUUCUCAUACACAAGUCACAACCCGAGCACAGCGUGUCGUUCUGUACUCCGCACAUCAAGCUACAAUGAGGUUUAUUUUCCUCUUCGUCUGCGCUCUCGCGCUGUUCGCCUCAGCGUCUGCGGCGCCCUGUUACUCGAAUCGCUGUGGUGGUCAAACUGGAGGUUAUGGUGGUGGGGGUGGUAGGGGUGGAGGUGGUGGGGGUGGUAGGGGUGGUAGGGGUGGUGGUGGCCGCGGCGGUUGUCCAACUUGCGGCGUCAGUAACUUCGGCAACGGAGAUCACAACGCUAACGUGAUAACCGUCAGCAGACACUAUGGCUAAAUGUUCCUCAUAUAAUGCAAACGAAAGUUGUAUUAAAAAGAUUUUUUUGUAUGAUAUUUUCUGUUGUAUAUACUUAUUCUGUAUUUAACGUCGAUUCCGCAUUUAUUAGUUCUAAGUUUGUAUUAUUUGCAACGUGUUUUGUAUUUUGAAGAGUAAAUAUUUUUUUUAAUGGA